GCGCUUCCGGUUAAGCUUGUGUUCAUCCGCCUAAUGGAGACUCGCUGUCAUGGCGGUGUGCGGAGUAGAAAUGGUCCGAUGUGCAUUUCGCGAGUGAAGUGGAGCGCUUUGCUGUCGUGAGUUGCGUGCACACUCAACCGCGGCGUUGGAGACGCCGGAUUAUUCACGAACUAGAGCAGGAAUCAACUCGAAAGCAUUCAUAUCCAGCAACGAUAGCAAAACCGUGACUGCCGGUGAUCGCGUAUAUUUGUUAGGCUUAUCAAUCCUGGCAUCCUUGCGCUUGUAUGUUAAUUUUUUCCCCCUCCGCUCUGUUAUUUUGAUUCCGCGUCAGCGAGACCCAUCAACUCAAUAAUAGCUGUCGAAUGAGUGACGCGCGUCCAGACGCUUAGCGCGAGCUUUUUCUUUGCCGAACCAGCGCGAGUGGAACGUUGGAUUUGCCGUCUGUGUGAUAGGAGGAGUGACUUCUCGCCCCCGAGUGAAAUCGGCCAGCUUCAGGUGGUGGGUUCGUGUUUGUGUCGAGUGUCUCUGCUGAAUGACCUCUUCAACCUAGCAGUGCAAGUUCGUCAAUGCAUCCGCACGACUCUUAACAUCAACAGGAUGGCGUUUAACGAGAAGGUGGACCCAGAGCUAAUCUUCACCAAGCAGGAGCGCAUUGGCAAGGGCUCCUUUGGCGAGGUGUUCAAGGGCAUGGACAACCGGACCCAACAGGUGGUGGCCAUCAAGAUCAUCGACCUGGAGGAGGCUGAGGACGAGAUUGAGGACAUUCAGCAGGAGAUCAUGGUGCUGUCUCAGUGUGACUCGCCCUGGGUUACCAAAUACUAUGGCUCAUACCUCAAAGGAACCAAGUUAUGGAUCAUCAUGGAGUACCUGGGAGGGGGCUCUGCUCUGGACUUGAUGAAGGCGGGACGCUUCGAGGAGCUUCACAUAGCGGUGAUUCUGCGGGAGGUCCUUAAGGGCCUGGACUACUUGCACUGUGAGCGCAAGUUGCACCGGGACAUCAAGGCGGCCAAUGUGCUCCUUUCGGAGAUGGGGGACGUGAAGUUGGCGGACUUUGGGGUGGCUGGGCAGCUCACCAACACAACGAGCAAACGGAACACCUUUGUGGGCACCCCGUUCUGGAUGGCGCCAGAGGUCAUCAAGCAGUCGGCCUACGACUCCAAGGCGGACAUCUGGAGCUUGGGCAUUACGGCCAUCGAGCUGGCCAAGGGGGAGCCGCCCAACUCGGACCUGCACCCGAUGCGGGUACUCUUCCUCAUCCCCAAGAACAACCCGCCCCAGCUGACCGGCAACUACAGCAAGCAGUUCAAGGAGUUUGUCGAGGCCUGCCUCAACAAGGACCCCGAGAAUCGGCCCACAGCGAAGGAGCUGCUGAGGUUUCCCUUCAUCCGCAAGGCCAAGAAGACCUCUUACCUGAUGGACCUGAUAGAGAAGUACAAGCGGUGGAAGGCCGCAGGGGGCGGACAGAGCGACUCGGACUCCGAAACCUCAGACUCGGACGAGUCCAAAAUGAACGACACGUGGAAGAGCCUCCGGUGGGACCUGGGCACGGUGAAAGGCAACCCCGGGGUGCUCGACCUGCGGGAGCAGCGGGGCUCCCCGGACAACAGCUACCGUCCCAAGGCCAAGCUGAACGGGGAGAGCUCCCCGACGGGCCCCCCCUUGUCCCCCUCCGAGGUCAUCUACACCAGGACCCCCGAGCCCAAGCUGCCCUCCUCACCCACACGUCCCCAGAGUGCGGCCCCGCUGCCGCCCUCAUCAGUGUCCCCCCAGUACCGCUCCCACCGGGACCAAGGGGACGCGGGGGCCGACGGCGAGAACUCCCCGCCCCUUUCAAGUAGCCCUUCCAAGGAGCUGCUGCGCAACCACCUGGCUGGGGGGGAGGGUCCCCUGCACCUUGCCCCACAGCAGCAGCAGACGCAGCAGACGACGCAGCAGCAAACAACACAGCAGCAGACGACGCAGCAGCAGUCCCGGAACAGCAACAGGGACUCGCUGGUGCACUCACCUCCUGCCUCCCCCACAAAGACCACCUCCUCCUCCUCUUCUUCCGCCUCCUCACCAGCCAGGGGAGAGGCCAGCGCCAUACAACCCCUCCUCAACGAGGCCCAGCGUAGGCACAAGAACAGCCACCGCAACGCGGGUGGGGAGCUGACUGGGGCCGUGGAGGAGCUGCGGGGGGCCUUUGAGCGGGCGGAGCGUGCCUGCCCGGGCCUCUGCGACGUCUUCCUCUGUGAGAUGCUGCACCGGUUGGCACCGGGGCUCAGCCUGCACCGGAUACAGGACGCCCUCGAGCGGCUAAGAGAGAGCUCCUAAAGCUGCAGCCUGGGAAAGGUGCAUCAACCAGUCAGUCAGGCAGCCCUGCAGUGGCCACAACUUGCCAUGUUUCAACCAGUGACUCCCUGCCCUAGGGCAACCGCGGAGCAGUGUGAGAGUGAAAGGAACGGUGUGCCCGCACCUCUCUCGGUGCCCCCUCCCCUCUUUCUUUGGCCUCCCAAGAGUAACAGUUUCGUCCUUCCUCAGUUUUCCCCACACUUCAGAGACACGAGAGAUAGGAUCAAACAAAAUGUGCCUGCAAGUAAAAGAAAGAAGAAGAAAAAAAAAAAAGUGCAACUAUGUUACUACUUUUUGGUUCGAGACCUCCGCUUCAUUCCAUGUCACCGUUCCGCCUCAAGUGGAAUCGGACUUUACCUCUUGUUGUUGUUGUUGUUGGUUGCGAGUGUCGAGGCCGUGGGUUGCGACUUCUCUCCUUGCGGGACGUCCCGGUGGUAAGACCCCCGCGACCCUGCAGCGUGAGUGGGGUUGCCCAAAGGAAGAGAAACCAGUGCCACUGUGUUGCUCUGCCAAGAACGAAGAUGUACAAAUGGCGUCGGCGGCGGGAUUUUGCGGUCGGGCCGACUGCAAAGCGUCUCGCUCGAGGUUCGGCAUUUUGUUCGGAAAAGGGGACGCCGUCCCCUUUGUUCCUACCUGUACGAGGUUUGGUUUCUUAUUUAUGAUAAAAUCUUAGGUCUCUUCAAGUUUGACACAUAUCCCAAAUGUGACGGUCUGGCAGGAGACCCGAAGGAAAUAAAAAAAAAAAAAAACUGGGGGAAAAGAGGUUUUUUUUUUUUUUUUGUGGAUCUUCCUCCGCGGUUUUGUAACAUGGCUUAGCUCAGUUUUGGAAUGACCGAAGACGCGCAGAUGUGGCAACUCUCUUUCCUCUAGGAAUUUGGUAUUUUCUCGCCCUCUUCCUGUUGUCCUUGUUUCUUGACAUGUUUGCGUUGAAAUGCACGAGACUGAUUAUCCUACAGCUGGGGCCACCCCGGUCAACCAGAUGACGGCGUAACCUUGUGACGCAGCGCAGUCUCGUACAUGGUCUUCCUCCUCAAACGCAAGGCGACGCCACCUCUCUCGGCCGCUUCCCGGGCCUUUACCUCUCUCCACCGUCGCAUACGCGCGGGUUCGUUCCAGAAAUCUACAUCUUUAUUAACGUCUCCCCUCCCGUUUCUUCCUCGGACUCCCGAAAUAUCAUGCAAGAGCACCUUUCCACUAAAGUGUACUUAAAAGGGAAAAAGGCAGAAACGGGGGAUGUACUGCAACAGAAUGCCCCAGGGAAUUAAAACUUGCGCGAGGCGUGUGGACGGCCAUGCGAGGGGGAGUGGAUAGGUUCGCUGCCUUAACAAGGUCAGGGCUAGCCCAGGGUUUUCCCCAGUCGUGUCAGCCACAGAGACAUAUCAUGGCCAAGCUCCUCGCGGUAACGGAAAUCCGACGGCCCGAAUGUACAGCUUCGCAAAAGAAGAGCGUUUAUUUUUCUGAACGGAGGGGCGUACAAGAAGCUAUUGAGGCGUCUCGAAUUCGAUACCUGAACACGAAGGUUGAACUCUGCGUGCCGCUCAAUCUCUUCCAAUGGAAGCGGGUCGUGGGGAGGCAUGAGCUACGUGGUAAAGCGUUGUGAAGCAGCCUUUUUUGUUACGGUCGGUCUUGUGUUUUCUUCCGUUUCUGGCAGGGUAUAGGAAGCUGUAAUGCUGCUGUGUAGCAAUGGCAGAGGACUGUCUGCAAUGUGUUGUGCAAACUGAACUUGGAAUAAAAAUUGAAGAGAGAUCGGAGAGCAGGAGACAACAGCUGCUUGCUCUCGUACCUUUGCAGCUUUGUCUAGAAUUUAGUGUGUCCUAUUUUUCCCUCAAAAGAGGCUCGGAAAUUUGUCUAACAAUCGUGUUGCCGGAGGUAAUUAACAAAAAUAGGAAUCUGAAAGUUAUUUUAGAUUCAGUAUGAGUGAAAAACUCUAUGCGCACAGUGUUGUUUGAAGUGCAGGUCUUUGCCCUGUUCCUUGCGCUAAAAAAAAAAAAAAAAAAAAAGCUGCACAGCGACUGAGGGGUAGCGUGUUUUAUUAGUCGAUGGAAGUGACGAGUGUACAUGUGCGUGGUUAUGUCCUGGUUACUGAGAGCGUAGUUCACUGUUACAAUUGCAGCACGGUUAAGUUUUCCUGACGUGGACUGCUCUGUGUAAAGACCUUUUUUUUUCCUCUGCUUGUUUCUGGGUGUCGGGCAACCAUGCUUCGUCUCACUAAAACCGUGCAGUACAGCCAAAGCUACAAGGGAGAGAGCAUAUGCCAACCGGUUCAAGAGGAGGAAAAGGGGGAACGGGAGAGAAAGGCUGGGAUUCCUCCUUUCCCUCGUCUUUAACAGGUCAGGAUACACUCUCCCCUGUAGCUUCGACUGUAGUGCAGUUUUAGGGAGACAGAGUGUAAACCUGUUUUCGCAAUUGCCGCUAGUGGUCUUGCAGACAAUGUAAAUUACUUUUUAACAUCCAGUACUUCUUGGACAGACCUUAGUAUGUACUUACAAAGGUAAAAAAAAAAAAACUGUUACACAAUCUUCUUUUUUUUUUUUUUUUUUUUCCUGCUGCCAUCCCCAGCGCUCUGUCAGGAAGAUGUAAAUAUAAAAGAACAUAUUGACAAUAAAUUUUUGUGCACAUUUGGA